AUGGAAAUAAUUCCAGGCCUUCCAGACGAUUUAGCGGUGCAAUGCCUUGCAAAAGUUCCAAACAGGUUUCAUUACGAGCGACAGCGCCAUGACCAGUGUGAGGAGAUAAUCGUUACUCAGACAGACCCAGACGAAAUAACAGUGAUUUCGAUGUCCACACAACAGCUGGUUGUGAUAGGGCUUCUCAAUAGGCGCAGCAACACAGAAGGUGUGUUGAUAUUUGAUUUUUUAUCUCGCAAAUGGCUGUUGGGCGCCGACAUGCCAUGCAGUCGAUAUUUGUAUGCAUAUGCGGCAUCACAAACUGAAGGACUCGUCUAUAUUGUCGGCGGCUGCGACAGGUGGACUUUCAGUCCCUCUCAUCUAGAAGGUUUUGUUUACAAUGUAGAGGAAAACAAGUGGGGUUUUCUUCCUCCUAUGAAUUCUGAUCCAUUGGUUGGUCUUUGCUCUGGUGUUUUUCAUGGCGACAAGUUUUAUGUAGUCUUCCUUCACAGCCAAAGAGCGCAAGUUUAUGACCCUCAAACUCGACUAUGGAAGAACAUAAAUUUGAACAGCUAUAAAUUAAUUAAUUGUGAUUAA